AUGAUCCCGUCCUGCGUCAGAACCGGGGGGGGUCGUAAAGUGACGCUAAAGGCCACAGUCAGAGCCGCAGACGCAGGAGGAGCUGUGGACCCUCUCUGGACCCUGUGUUGUGUGCGGAUGGCGUCCCCUCAGAUCUCGUCUCUGUCCUGGGGUCACAUGAAGGUCCAGGGCGGGGGCUCGUAUAAAGACUGUAAGGUUUGGCCUGGAGGAAGUCGAGCCUGGGACUGGAGAGAGACCGGCACGAACCAUCACCCCGGGGUGCAGCCGGCAGACCUGGACGAGCUUCUAUCUAAGGGGAUAGAUCUGCUGGUGAUCGGCCGCGGCAUGUCUGAGGCUCUGCAGGUCCCUGGCUCCACGCUGGAGGUGGUGCGAGGCCGUGGUGUGGAGGUGUGUGUGCUGCAGACGGAGAAGGCUGUGGAGGAGUACAACCGACUCGCAGCAGAGGGCAGGAGGGUGGGGGGGGUCUUCCACUCCACCUGCUGA